GUUCUUUUGUUCCCACCGCUGCUAAAGUUAAAACCGCUACCAUCGACACUACCGCUGCCAAAACCGCCACCAUCACCAAUGAUAAUACCAAUGUAGGUAUUACUGCCAACGCCAACACCACUAACAUCGCCACCAUCGACGCUAAUACCGCCACUGCCACCAAUGCUAAUGUCGCCACCGCUAUCGACAUCGCCAAUAUUCACACAGUUGAUUCACGUGAAUGUGAUGAAACAGAAAGAAGAGCUCAAGAAGAUACUAUUGUUCCCACCACUGCCGCUGCCAACACCGCCACCAUCAUCAACAUCGACCCCACCAUUGCCAAUGCCGACAUCAUCGACACUGCUACUGCCAACACAGACAUCGUCACCAUCGACACCGCUGAAGAUGAAAGAAGUGUUGAAGAAAGCGAAGAGGAGGAAAGUGACGAUUUUAUGCUUGUACUUUCUGAAAACAACUCUGUACAUUUCCGUCAGUCAGCGUUGUCAAACACUACGAAAAGUAUUAAUGAACAUUCAGACAACGAUUUUCUCAAAGAUAAGCAAAAGCUUUUACGUGCAUUUCGCACGGCUAAAAAGCAAGACAAAGGUAGCAAAUUUGUUACAACGUUAUGCAACGUUUUAUGGACUCGUGAGGAAUUAGCGGAACGUUGUGUAAAACAAUCGCGCAUAUGCGAACGACGUUUAUUGAGCCCCGUUAAGGUAAAAUUUAUUAGAAGUAAAUUUCUAAAUUGGAUAAAACAGAAAGAUAAAAAUGUUCACAAAGAACAGCGUGCUUUUUCCGUAUAUCUUUCACGAGCUAUUUUCACAGCUCGCUUAAAAUAUUUGCGCGCACAAAGGAGAAAAAGAUAAAAAUAAAGUAAAAGUCGCUUCCAAUAACUAAUCAUGUUAUUCAUUUUUAUUUUUUAUUCUGGAUCGUUUUUACACACAUCACAGUUUAAAAUAUUGUCAGAGACUUUUUUGGAUUAAAUUAUGUGAGUUUUAAAAAAACAUCGUACAGAUCGUGCAUGCCUAAUAUCCUAUAUCACGAUUAACGCGCCACAAGAGAAAAGUACGACGUGAGUCGUUUAAUUUUCGUUAAGUAUUUGUUUUUAAAAUUAAUUUUCAUGAAAUUUUUCACAAUAGUGGUAGAGUUUUGCCGUAAUUAAAAAUAAUAAAUAUUGUACAGAUAUAUUGUAAUUAAAGAUGUAAAAUCCAUACCAAUGGAACUGUGUUAAUUCUCACCCAGACAGCAGCGUCAUGUAUCUUUCACGUCACUUUUUGGUCAGUUGUGACAUCAGUUAUCCUUUUAUAAUGACGUCAAAAUGACGCGAAAAUCACCGGUAUAAGCCAGCCCAUAGACGUCAUAAUAAUACAUGAAAACGACGUUAUAAAAGAACGUGGAAAAUCGUAUCUAUAUAUUAUUACAUUGCAUUAUUUCCAUAUAAAUUUACAUUGUUAAUUACAAAAAUGCAAUUAAUACGAAU